CGCGAAUAUUCAGCCAUCUAUUGGCCAGAAUUGGCUAAUUCCGUUGGAAAAAACCAUGUGUUCAAUUUAUGAACUGAACACAUACACGAAUUUGAAUCGAUAAAAUGACUAAAAUUAAUAACACAAUUAAUUCGAAAAAUUCACCUCGUAAAAUUAAGCAGUUAAUUAAGAAAUUUCGCACACGAAAAAGACAUCGAAUGCUAUUUCGUCGGAAUCAAAAUAACCAAUCGUUUCAAGAUUUUAACGUUGAAGAAAGUACAGAUGAUUCACCUGUAAACACUGAAGGUUUGGUAGUUUAUCCUACGGCUAAACCUGAUAUCAAAUAUAUUUUGAUAACCGAUGUACAAUCAUCAUUUGAAUUACAGUCCGAUCUUUGUGGCCAUCUAUCAUUGAUACCACUCAAUAAUUGGAGCUUUUAUUGUGAAGGAUAUCUGGCCAAAGCCGGUGAAACUAUAACUGUUUCCACAUGUUUUCGAAACCGAAUGUUCAUUCGUUUCACUGACCUUAAAGACUUUAGCGAAAAUAAAAACAUCAAUUCAAUUGAUCUUGAUGAAUUUGAUUUUCUUGAACAACACCUCCCAAAAGUUUUGAAUGGAGAAUAUAUUUUGUUGAAAUUCGAAUCGUCUCCAAAGUCAAUGGCCAAAUAUAGACUUGUACUUGAAUAUCUUUCGAAAUCAUCUAAUGAAAAAGCCAGACAAAUCUGUCGAAAAAAAUUAUCAACAAUCAGAAACAAAAAUUGUAUGAAUAUUUUGUCAAAAAUAUCCGAUAUCGAUUUCGAAAAAUUUGCAUUACAUGUUUGUAAAAUUUUCUAUACUCUUGAAAUCAGUGCUGAAGACGUAAUCUUAGUGUAUGGUCCGGGUAAUUCUGGUAAAACAUCAUUGCUUCAUCAUCUUAUAAAUCAUUAUGUAAAUGUUAAUAAACAACCGGUUGCAUAUCUAGAAUGUGAUCCUGGACAACCGGAAUUUGCUCCAUGUGGAAUACUUAGCCUGGUUGAGAUUACUAAAAAAAUAUCAAAUGCACUUGGCGAUAAAUUUCUAUUUGAUGAAAAUUAUGUUCUAAAUGAUGAUGAACAAAUUAUAUCAAAAAUAUUCGGAACAAUUACACCAUCGGGCGAUUCUUUUGAAUAUAUUUCUUUAAUUUCUCAACUUUAUCAAUCGUAUCGACAAAUGAAUGUAAAGAAAAAACGACCAUUAUUUAUUAAUACGAUGGGUUGGAUCGAGGAACUUGGUCUGGAAUUAUUGACAAAUAUUAUUUCUAUAGUACGACCUACUCACAUAAUUCGAAUCGAGAAUGAUUUCCCAUUAUUAUCCUUUUCCGAUUCAGCUAUGAUAAACAUCCAAAAUCGAAACGAGCUAAAGCAAAUAUUAGAUCAGCGCGAGUUUCAAGAUCUAUCACAAUUGACAGAAAUCAAAAAUUCAAUUGGCUAUCAAUUAUGGGUCACUUCGUUUCCGCUUAUUUCGAAUUUUAAGCCAUCAAUAUUCAGUGUUUCAUAUUUACGACGUGAAAUCAAUCAACUUUUAUAUCUUUGUUCGAAUUUAUGGCCAAAAAUCUCAUUCAAACCAUUCUAUUCAUUACAACCAAUUCAGAUUCCUUUGAAAAAUCUUUAUCUACAUUUCACAAACUAUCCAUCCAGACUACCGAAAUCUAUUUACAAUCUUUUGAAUGUUUCCUGGGUGUUUUUAGGAAGUCUGGAUCCUAACGAUGUAGAUGAAAACACAAACUGUAUUUCGUUAUCAACAGAAGAACCAUUCAAUAUUCAGCAAGCAGAAGUAUUAUUGGAUCAAAAAAAUAACGGCAAUACGGCAAUAAAAAAUUUAAACAGACAAAAAUCUUCAUUAGACAAAAACAUUAAAUUAUUACAACAAUUGCCAAAAAGUUGUAAAUGUUUUGGCUGUGGUAUCAUACGAAAUGUCGAUACAGUUCAUUCAUCAAUCUUUGUGACAACAUCAUCUAUGUCACAUUUUCUCGCCAAAUUUAAUGCAGAAAAAAAGAUUAAUUUUUUAGUCAUACCGAAUCUGAUUCCAAUACCACCCGGUUUAUUGGUUGAACAAUUUCUAUAUCAAGAUUCCUGUCAUAUACCAUAUGCAUAUAUUCGUAGUUAAUUGAAGUUUUCAUCAUUUUUUUAAAUAAAAUAAAAAAAAUCAAUCUAUGGACAUUCAA